UACAAAUAACUGUUGUGCAGUACGGAGCUCGGUGCCUAAUCGAUCCGUCGCGAUCGUAAGCACACGCUGCUCGUGUCGAGAAACGCACGGUGAAUGGGAAAAUGUAUGAUCGAGCGAUGCUGAAGUUUUUGAGCAACGCUUCUCUAGAGAUCCAUCCAUUGAGCAAAGUACCUCUACCAGCGGCAAUCUCCAGUCUGCAGCUGUCCGUCCAUGACCAGAUACGAUCGGUACGGUGUGUCCAGCGAAGACCAGCAGGCCUCUUCGGCAAUGAUGAACGGACAUGCAUGUAUGGCCACAGCGACAGCGUCGUUGACUGACGAGGAGUCACUACUGGUGAAGCGUGCCAACGCCGAGAGGGACGAAAUAUUCGAGCGGUAUGAUCGUGGUCGCGAGAAUCCUAACAUUGAUUCGUGGGAAGAUCCGCUGUUCGAGGUGUACACGCAGGCGGAUCGAUAUGGGUUUUUACACCCCGAGCAGCCAGCAACCAACCGAAGUGGAGAGCUGCCGGACAAACACCACACACAACAGGAGAUGGAACGGGCGAAGAAGUGGAUCAAAAUGCACCGGAACUGGAACAGUGCCAGCACGAAGGAAAACUUGCAGAGACGCGUCAUGAAAGGUAUUCCCGAUCGGAUGCGUUCAGCAAUAUGGCGCAAUUUGCUGGACGUCGGACAGGUGGUUGAAGAAAAUGAACACGUCUACGAGAGAAUGCUGCAACUGGCGCGUCAGUGUAGUCCCGACAUUCGGCAGAUAGAUUUCGACGUGAAUCGACAGUUUCGCAAUCACAUCUUCUACCGCGAACGGUACAGUGUGAAGCAGCAGAGCUUAUUUCGCGUGCUGGCCGCGUAUAGCAUGUACAACACUGAGGUGGGCUACUGUCAGGGCAUGUCGACGGUCGCGGCCGUUCUGUUGAUGUACUUCGACGAGGAAGACGCAUUCUGGGCUUUGGAUGUACUAUUGACAAACGCUCGGUACGCCAUGCACGGCUUGUAUAUUGUCGGAUUUCCGAAGUUGAUGCGCUUUUUGGCGCACCACGACCGGAUACUGACCAAGUGUUUGCCAAAACUAAAGAAGCAUCUCGACAAACACGAGGUACAUUCCGUGUUAUACUCGUUGAAGUGGUUUUUUGUCAUCUUUGUCGAACGGAUACCGUUUAGCUUAUGCCUGCGCGUCUGGGAUAUCUACAUGAUGUUCGGUGAGCGUGUACUUACGGGAAUGGCCUACACGAUACUUAAAAUGCACCAAACGAAGAUGCGCCGUAUGAAGGACAUGGACCAGAUAACCGAUUUCCUGCAGACAUCACUACACAAACAUUUUGGCUAUGAUGAUGACACUGUGAUAAGAGUGCUGAAAAGCUCGAUGGACGAGCUGAAGCGACUUAAACUGCUAACGCUGCAGCCACCAGCCGCACCCAACGAACUGCCAUCCCUACCCCGCGGACAAUCGGUUGAACUAUCGACGAAAGUGAAGAUUGGCCAUCGAAACGAACAGUUCACGGACCGUGAAAUUGUCCUAAAGGAGAAGGUUUUGUAUCGUAGCGAGUCGAAGAACGACGAAGAAGAACAGUACAAUAAUGAUAACAUCAAUGGCGAUGCACAUGCGGAAGAAGAGGAUGAGGACGAGCGCACGGAGAAGGACUACGAUGAUAUUACGGAGGACACCGUAAGCCAGCUGCACACAGGCUUGAUAAGAUUGCCUAAACACUCGCCAAUCGGCAAAGGCAUCAGCACGGGUUCGCUUAGAACGAUCCAGAGUUUCACUACCUUCGAUACCGGAACUUCACUGGCGACCAGUUUAAAUUCUCUCGUCAUCAUCGAUUCGUUUGAUGAGUAUUGUGAUAACGAUAAUAUUAUUGAAGAAAGCACUCGACUGUAAGGAAAAUGUAGCGUUCGCGCCGUGGCACGCAUUAGCUAAACUAUUAUAAAUUAAGUUUUUGGUCGGUUGUCUCAUCCGAAAAGCAUGAAAAUACUCAAAUAAAUCACUCAAAGAACAUCGUACAUUUGGUCCCCCCUGUAUUCUCGUUGCUAAAACGAGUGUUGCCAUCGUAGUAACCCUAUUGACU